AGGUUUGAUGAAGUUAUAGUGCGUUCAAGAGUUAGUUGCAUGCACUGAUUGCCGAAAUAAACAGAAUGCUAACGACUUAACUUCAACAAUAUCAAUUUAAAUUAAAUUAAUUUUUCUCUCCUUUUCGAAAACUUGUUCGCUUUAUAUUUCUUUUGAAGAAAUUCUCAUUUUUAAUUCAACCAAUUUAGCAAGUGUUUGAAAAUUUUUAUUAAAUAAUUGCUGUACCAAUACACUAGUUCAUAAUGUCUGACGUUGAAGAUGCCGUAGAGGUUGGUGAACACGGAGAAAUGUACAACCUUUUGAAAGAAGUGUUAAAAAAUGCCCAGGUUAACGGCAGCCUUUUACACGGAAUACAUGAGAGUGCCAAGGCUCUGGAGAAGAAACUUGGAGUACUAUGCGUCUUGGCCAACAACUGCGAGGAAGCCAUGUACAAGAAAUUAGUGACUGGAUUGUGUGCCGAGAGUAGUACCCCUCUGAUUGAAGUAGACAGCAACAAAACUCUAGGGGAAUGGAGCGGUCUGUGUAAGUACGACAACAACGGUCAAGCCAGAAAAGUGAUAGGAUGUUCAUGCGUGGUUGUCAAAGAUUUCGGAGAUGACACACAAGAAUUGGACACUUUGUUAGAGAUUUUGAAGAAAAAGAAUUUUGCGUAGAUCAAUAAAACCAAAUCUUUUUAAUUUAAA